AUGGCUUGCAGCUGGAGCUGUUUCGUGGUGCGCUCACCUUCAUGUACUGCGGAAGGCUUGCAUGUUUUGCACAAGUCCCACAACCCCUACACUACAGCAGUCGAGGUUAAGCAGGCAACUCGAGUGAUAGGGGUUGCUCUCGGCACCAUCCACAAAGGGCUUGAAAUCGCUCGCAAUGUGGUCGUGAACGGUGAGUUCGUGAGUUCCGAGACGGUUACCCUUCUUCGCGCCAUCACACCUACACACGCGGGCCCUAUUUGCGCGAACUCCCUUGCCUUCGAGUGUACCUAG